AUGGGAUGUAUUUCCUCUAAUUUAAAAUUAGGUGAAAAAAUUGAGUCUACGGAUACUCAAAGUUCACAAACUGAAUUUAGAUACAUUAAUGGUAGAAGAUUUCAUAACGUGGAAAACGUUAAAUACAAUUUACCAAACGAUGAAAAUGAAAUUGAUAGGCUACAUUCACAGCAUUUUUUAUUUAAAUAUACUGUAUCUGGCAAAGCAACUUUUUUGCUCCUGUCGGCAGCAUUUUGUCUGAACCAGGUGCCAAAGUCCUCGAUGUUGGGUUCAUGGUCUUUUGAUAUUGCAACCACUUACCCGUUAGCUAAGGUUGUUGGAUUAGAUAUAUCUCCACACCAACCAACUACGAUAAAACCUAAAAAUUUUGAAUUCGUUAAGGCAAAU